ACAAUCUCUCUGUUCGUGCUGCUGCUGCGGGCAGCUGCCGCUCUUUCGGAGAGCGCCAUUCUUGCGGUUACAAUCAUCUCGCGCGCGGGCACCCCGGCGUUGUAAUGUAAGCUGGGCCCGCGAUUUCCUCGGCGUGUCUAGAGAUGAACUUACAAGAGCUGUCCUUGUACUUGGAAAGCCGACUCCGGGAUGGCCUGAUGGUCUCGGGGAUCGGCUGGUCUCUGAUGCUGUGUUUUGGAGCCGCCUAUGUCUGCUAUUACCUCAGUACGAUCGCAAAGAAACCUCAGCUGGUAACUGGCAGUGAGAACUUCUCCCAGUUUCUGCAGGACCAAUGCCCAGUGUUGACAGAAAUAUACUAUCCCACCAUAUGGUGCUGGGAAGGCCAUUUGCAGACACUUCUACGCCCUUUCAUUACAUCUAAACCAAAUGUGCAAUACAGGAAUGAAGUUAUUACAGCCACAGAUGGAGGACAGAUCUCCCUGGAUUGGUUUGACAAUCACAAUAGCAUACAUUACCCUGAUUCUAGCACCAGACCUACUAUCCUAUUGCUGCCUGGCCUCACAGGAACAAGCAAGGAAUCAUACAUUCUCCAUAUGAUUCAGCAGAGCAAAACACUGGGAUACAGGUGUGUGGUUUUUAACUAUCGAGGAAGUGCUGGUGAAAAUCUUUUGACACCAAGAACAUACUGUGCUGCUAACACAGAGGAUCUGGAAACAAUAAUUGAUUAUAUACAUAAGUUGUAUGCUUCAGCUGCAUUAAUGGCAGCAGGUAUUUCUAUGGGAGGUAUGCUUCUUUUAAACUAUUUGGGCAAAACUGGCAAAAAAACACCAUUAAAAGCAGCUGCAGUUUUUUCAGCAGGAUGGAAUGCUUUUGAAUCUGCAGACUCACUGGAAAAACCAGUAAAUUGGCUUCUUUUUAAUUAUUAUUUAACCAGCUGUCUAAAGUCUUCAGUUACUAGACAUCGGCAAGUAUUUGAUAAGCUAUUUAACAUGAAUCUUGUAAUGAAGGCUAAGACUAUUAGGGAAUUUGACAGACAGUUUACCACAGUCAUGUUUGGCUAUCCUACAAUUGAAGAUUACUAUGAAGAUGCCAGUCCAUGUCAUAAACUGAAGAAAAUUGGAAUUCCAGUGUUGUGCUUAAAUUCUUUGGAUGAUGCAUUCUCACCAAAUCAUGCUAUACCAGUAGAAAUUGCAAAACAAAACCCUAACAUAGCUUUGAUCCUUACUUCCUAUGGAGGCCAUAUUGGUUUUCUGGAAGGACUGUGGCCAAGAACGUGCACAUACAUGGACAGAAUCUUCAAACAAUUUGUUCAAGCUGUCUUUGAGCAUGGGAGCCAAAUUGUUACACUCUAGCAAUUUAUCUGAAUGAUGGUUGCAGCCCAGUGUCAUAUUAUCCUCACAGUAAUUAAGCUUAAUGCACAUACUUAGCAAAUAAAUCAACCAGCAAAUGGAGGAAAUCCAUGAUUCAGAGCAAAAUACAAUUUUGCUUAAAUAAUUUUGCAGGAUUGUUUUUGUUUCAUAUGCCUUUUGAAAAAUGACUUUAAAUUAAAAACACCCUGCACAUAUAAAAUUGCACUUAUCUAAAAUAAUUAGAUAUUACUCAGGUGUUUUAAUUUAAAUAAUUCAUAUGUAGGAAUCAGGCAUCUGAUUGCUUGUUCUAAGGCACUUUAUUUUCACAAAUAUGUGAGAGCACAGGAACAGCUUCUGUAUGGGCACUGGCUAUGGCUAGGAAAUACAAAAUAUACAUUUUAAAAAGUAAUAAAAAUACAGUAGCAGUUCAAGAAGCCAUAGAUUGUAGUAGUUAACUGAUUUUUGCAUCUGUUAUAUAAUACAUUGUCAAGUCUAUGUUUCAAGAUUUCAUUUAAGCUGUUGCUCUGUCUUUUUUUUUAAAUUAUUA